AUGGAUUAUGUGAAAGAUACAACAUCCUCCAAAUGGUUCGCUCAAUUGACUCAACAGAAACAAUUACUUGGAGAAACCGUUGAUAUUUACCAUACAUCCAUUGAAAAGAUGAUUAAAAGAGUCGAAUUGGGAGGACACCAAUAUCCUAAUACUGCGAAGGCCCAAAUGUUUAUCAAUGGAUUGUGUCCUGAACUCUAUAUGGCAGUGUCUCUAUUAACCCCUAACACGUUGGAAGAUGCCUAUGCUAGAGCAAAAGCCUUUGAAAAUACAUAUAGGAACAACCCGACACAUAUGGCUUUUAUGGCUCAACCUAUAGGAUAUCCAACAUAUUUAUCACAGAGAAUGGUUGGUAGUUCAGUUGCCCCUCAAACGAACCAUAAUAAAACAGAAGAGGCUUUAAUUAAGCUAACAGAGACCAUCAAUAAAAUGAUGACUCAGUAUCAAGAUCAAAAAAGAUCCCAGUAA